CCCACGCAAACGCUCAAACCAGUUGUGUUCUGCUUCUCGUGGGAUCUUGACAAUUAGGGUUUGAAGAGAUAAUACAAUUUGGUGAUAUGGGGGACUCGUCGCCAGAAUAUGAUCCGGAGUAUGCAAGAAUCGCAGCGGAGGUCCGAGCGGAACUGAAGGAGCUCGGAGAAGAUGAACUAAAUUCCUUCUCCGAUGAUGAUCCAGCUGACCGAGGGUGGUCCACAUACGUUACAGAUGCCAACGCUUUUUUUGCUGGUAGGAGGAUAAAACCUAAAGCAUGGCGGUUUUAUUAUGACAGAGGCCUCUGCGCUAGACUUGCACUCUACUGUUACAAUCUUCAGAAGGGCACAGCUAGCGAUUUUCGGUUUAUCAGUCAGUUACAUGAGCAGACUCACCUUUACUUCACCAAGUCUUUCAUAACAUUUGAGGCCGUUAAUCCAGCCGACCGUUCUCCACUGACUUUCGAGACUUGUGUUAAGCAUAACGAUGAUCAAGUUACACACGUCCCAAAUUUGUGGUGGGAGACGCACAUUUGCAGGGUGGAAGGUAGCGAAGAGGCUGAUUAUGAGUGGAACGAUGGAGCAGUACAUGAUUAUUACAAAGGUGAAAUGCCUAAAUGGCUGUCUGAUGACCGUCAGCAACGAUGCUAUGUGGUUGAACAAUCAGAGCUUCAUGACGAGAAAAACGGGUGGCUGCCUCUCUUAACCGAGUUUGCCUUCUUCACGAAAUGGAAUGGACCGCUCAGUCCGGGAGAGAUUGAGGAUUGCCGACCUUUGAUUACUCAACAUGUGGUUGUGGAAACUCUUGAUGAAGAAGGUGAGAAAGAGACGAGUGAUAAGCUCAAUGCGGCCAAUGCAAUCUUCUACGUAACUUUUGAGUGCGUGGAGGAUCCAACAAAAGGUCGUUAUAGGGCGGUUGUACGGAAGACGAUGGAUGGGAAACCGGGGCACAUGCGCCUCGAGGUUACGUGUUGGAGCGUCUGAUACCCAAAAAAGGGAUCAAAUUUCAGUAUCUAGAUAAAUUCACAAGACUUUCAAACUUGGAAAAAUCUCGAGAAUAUAUUAAUAAAGUAUUAAUGUAUGAUCGAACUGAUACAUCAGAAUUAUGUUAUGGUUGUAGUAAGAAACAUAAGUCUGUAAGCAAGUAAGUGGGUUUUUCCAAUUCUUUGUCGGGCUCAUCAGUCUCAUCCUCUCUUGGUGUCUGGACUAGCAUCACAUCUAAUGAGACAUGCAAUUCUUUCAA